UCACACUUGAGUCCUUUAGAGUAUCACUGGUGGUGUUGAUGUCAGAUGCAGAUCUGUAUUGUUUAAGAGGUCUUGUCGGAUAGCACAAUCACAUAGUGUAUCGUGUGAUUUUAUUUCAACAAUUGGCUGUAUUUUUAAAACCAAGUUCAGCUAAUUUAAAGUAUUCGUAUAAUAUUAGAUUCACUGUUUAGGGCUCGGCUGCCAUCAGAUGAGUUAUUGCCAGCUAGUCAGCUAGGCCUAACAAACCAUGGCCACCACACAGAUAGGAACAGAUGGGGAUUCAGGCAAUAUUGCAGAACUUGCAGGGACAUAUGAAGAAAGCAAGGAAUUUCUCAUCACUGACGUUUUUAAAACUUUAUUACUGGAAAGAAUUCACAGCAGUGAGCUAUUGCCGUAUCUCACGGGAAUAAUUCCUAAAGGAAAUGUGGAAUCCAAGAUAAGAGCGUUAGAUAAAAACGGAGAUCACCAAGCAGGAGCUACAGAACUUAUAAACUAUAUUCAACAUACUUGCAAAGAAAAAGGAAAAUGGGCAAUCUUUAUGAGCUCACUGGAACAAGCAGAAUUAUCUGCCCUACAUGGCCUUUUGAACAACUUUUGUAGUUUAAAGGAAAAUGAUGAAGAAGAUAUUCAGUUUUUGAGAUUGUAUUCUGCCCAUAUUAUUAAGCAUAUUAAAAUAGAGAAGGAGGGUAUUCUUCCAUUUUUGUUAAAAAAUAAGGUCAUUACUGAAGAUGAUUUGAAUAAAAUAUCCUCGUGUGCCUGUAUUACUGAUGCAUGGAUGGAACUCUUUAGUCAUAUUUAUAGAAAAAGUAAAGACUGGUAUAAAAUAUUUAUGGAAAGUCUUUACCAUACCGAACAAUUGAAACUGGCUCAAUUUUUGGAUGAGAAAUUUAUCAUAGCAAUAGAAGAAUACAUGAAUAAGAAAGAUAAUAAAAAAUGUGUGUGGUACUCCCGUGAUAAUGAUGAAGAAGAAAACAUACUUGAAGGCAGUGGUGAAGCAUACAGCUCUGGUGAUUAUGCAAGUAAUAACCCUGAAGACUUUGGACUGAAUAAAUUAGGAAUUAUUGAAGAUAAAGCCAAGAUACAAGAUGAAAUUGGUGAUAAUUUAAUGGACAUAUCAUCAUCGCCAGAAAAAUCAUACAACAAAAAGGAAUUGAAAAUAAUCAAUACAGAUAAAAUGAAUAUUGAUGAGCCAGAACAUCAAAGAACAGAUGAAGAUGGGGGUAAAAAAACAAUAGAAUUAAGAGAUUAUCAGAAAGAUCUGUGUAAGGAAGCUUUACAAGGCCAAAAUGUUAUUAUAUGUGCUCCUACAGGUAGUGGAAAAACAAUUGUGGCUAUAAAUAUAAUAAAGCAACAUUUGAGUAAGAAAUCUGGAAUAAAAAAGGUAGCAUUUUUGGUUAAUCAAGUGGCAUUAGCUGAACAACAGUUUAAUCUAUGUAAACAAUAUCUAAACUGUAGAACAGAAAGAUUGACUGGAGACACACAAAACAAUGACAAAAUACCCCUUGGAGAACUUCUUAACUGUAAUGAAGUAAUUGUGAUGACAGCACAGAUAUUGGUAGAUGCUGUAAAAGAACAUGUUAUCAAGGAUGUUUCAGCUUUUUCACUUAUUAUAUUUGAUGAAUGUCAUCACACGAGGGCUCGACAUCCAUAUAACCAGAUUAUGCAUAUGUAUAUGGACAUCAAAUUAAAAAAUCAGCUCCCUGGAGCGACAAAUGAAAUUGAUGUGGAUGAGUUACCUGCUCCUGUUCUGCCACAGAUCAUUGGAUUGACAGCAUCAGUGGGAGUAGGGAAGGCAAGGAAAGUGAGUGAUGCAUCAGAACAUAUUAUAACAUUAUGUGCUAAUCUAGAUACAGCAAAGAUAUGUACAGCAAGAGCCUAUGAGGAUGAUAUGAGAAAGUAUGUUAAUGUCCCUAGUUUAGAUAUUGAACGUUGUGACAAACGAGAGAACGAUGUUUACCACCAGACUAUAGUAGAAAUCAUGCAAAAAAUAGAAACUGACAUGCAGAAUUCGAAAUAUCUCUCGGACGAGGAUGAAGAAUUACAAGAAUUUAAAAAAUAUUUAAAGCCACCAGGAAGAAAAGGAAAUGAUAGUUACACUCAAUGGGUAGUUAAGUUAAAGAGAGGCAUUGCUACCGUUAAUGACCAUAAAGCUCGUAAAUUCUAUGUAACAUGCUAUAAAAUGUUAGAGAUAUAUAAUAAUGCACUAAUUAUAAAUAAUGACUGCCGUUCAAUAGAUAGUUUAACAUAUAUAGAAGAGGAGUUCUCAAAGACCAUAACACUGAAUCAGUCAAAAGCUACACAUAAAGAAUUGAUAGAAUAUUACACAGGUGAAUAUUUUUUAUGA